GCCCUUCUGCCGCCUCCCUGCCCGCCUGCCGACCAGGGGGAAAGCGGUGCUGAUCCCAGGCUGUGGCAAGGGCUUCGAGCAACUUCAUCGCAGCCACAGGGAUCCUGACCCCCGAAGGCAUCGAGGCCGAGCGCAUGGGGCCAGUGAGGCUGUCCGGGCAGAUGAAGGAGAGGCCAACUUCCAGGAGAAGCUCUCUCGGAUGAAGGGCUUGGAGCACAGCGGCCUGCAGGACGUCUCCCUAGUCCUGGAUGCCCUGACCGAGGCCCUCGCCACACGCCACCCCUACAGCCGCUACACCCCCACGGAGGCCUCCUGGUGGCUCCUUCUGCAGGCCGCAACCCACUUGCCCACCGCCCUGGCCGACCGGCUCUUUUUGAGCCCCAGGUCAAGUGGGGAAUCCGUCCUGAAUCCUGUCCAGCCUCAACAUUCCUUCUGUCCAUCUGCAGCGAGUCCUUUGGUUACAAACAUCUCUGCACAACGUUGUUCACCAUUUUCCAUUCACAUAACAUUGUUUCACUAAUCUUAAUAUUAUAGUAUAUUAAACGUUUAAACACUC